CAGUGAGGUCAGCUAGAACGUUCCUUUCCAGUUGCCCUUAGUGCGACAGUGCCCAGCUGGUCAUGUCCUCUUGGGCAUCUACUGUGGCUCUGCUCCUGGGUUUGGCCUUGGCUUUCACUGAUGGUAGCCUGUACGAGGGCCACUCCCUGGGGCCGCCAUGUGUCCCAGGCCAGCCUUGCACAGUAGCCUUCAUCUCUGACAACCCAGUGAUCCUGCGCUGCCCCCAUGUCUACUUCAAGAUUUUCGUCAGUUGGCAAUACCUGGACCCAGCCUGGGCGAAGGAGCAGCCCAUCACCUUCCUGCGCUCAGGGGGCCCCAUCUGGCCCUUGCUCAGCCAUGCCAAGUUGAGGAGGUUGCGCUUCAAAUCCCAGCUAGUCGCUGGCAACCUGUAUAUCCCAAACCCCAGCGUGGAGGACUCUGGCUUGUACACCUGCCGGGCAGGCGAUGCCACGAUCGCCUACUACGACGUGGAUUUCCAGGAUGCCGGGAGCAUCCAUGUCUCGCACGCGGGCCUCGGGGAGACGACCCUGGGCAAUUCCACCGCCGAGCUAGAAGACGGAGCGCGGGCCAAGCUGUUCACCUCCUGGAGCCCUUGGCAGUCUUGCGACCGCUGUGGCAACCCCGGAGAAAGGAAGCGAGUGGGUUUCUGUUAUGCCCAGGUGACCCAGGAGGACCGGCACGAAGAAGAGCCGCUGCCCUGUGGGAUAGUCAGGAGGAAGCACCCGGCGUUGCCGCAAAGGGGCCCGGAGCUGCGAGUGGAAAGCUGCCAGGUGCCCUGUGAUGCGUCUUACCUGCUGUCCCAGGAUCAGGCCAGCGCCGUUCCGCUCCUCGUCUUCACCACCUACCACCCCCAGCUCAAGACCGUCGCCCACCUGCGCUGCCCAACCUCUUCCAUCUACAGGUACAGACCUCAAGCUCGCUCCGUGGUGGAGCCACGGGCCCUGGCUCAAUCCCUGGCAACCCCAGUUAAAAGGAUUAGGCAGAAGGCAGCAGCAUAUUUCGCUCUUUAAGACCUUGGAGAGAGAGCCACUGCCAGGCAGACACUAAGACAGGGGUCAGCAAACUAAGGCCCGGGGGCCGGAUGUGGCCCACCGGGCUCAUGCCGCCCACUCGGUCAGUCCCCACGCUGAACCAGUGUGGCGUGGAGGCCGCGCCAUGCGGGGUCUGACUUCCGCAACGCUGGCAUGGCUUCGGAUUGGCUGCAAGAAGCUCCUGCAGCCGAUCCGAAGCCGUGGACGCCUCUGGGCGAUGCCCCUUCCUUCCCGCCGAGAUGGCCGCUUAUGGCCAAGAGCCGAGCGGGAGGAAGCGGCGGCAGUGGGGAGGCUGUCUCUGCCACCCAGGCCAGCGGCAUGGGGUCUGCGGGGCACAGAGCCAAGGCAGAGGACAAUGACGACGCUGUCGAAGACGAGGCGGUGGCUGCGGCAUGAGUGGCAGCGGUGGGGGGGUCUUUUUGGGAUGGGGGUCCUUUGGGGGGUGCUUUCAGGAGAGGGUGGGUCCGGCCCCCCACAAGGUCUGAGGGACAGUGGACCAGCCCCCUCCUGAAAAAGUUUGCUGACCCCUUCACUAAGACUAUACCAAAUGCAAAUGGACCGAUGGUCUGUAAGGCAGCUCAAUAUGCUGUGUCUCCUUGAUACGUCGUGUCUCUAGCCCCACACUUGCCUUGCAGGGUUAUUGUGACGAUAAAAUUGGGGAAAGCCCUUGGCAUCCCACCAUGAGCUCUUCAAAGGGUGGGUGGGAUGGAAGUGUAGUGAACAGGUGGAGCUCAGUGCUCCAUGAAACAACUGCCUUCUGGCGCAGCACAUCCCAUUUGGCCGCCUGAGGCAAAACAGGAAGGUGCCGCUGCUGCAGCCGCACUUGCUGCGAAAUCUCGCCGGCGGUUGGAACCCUAGAAGCUGCCACUGAAGCCACUUCUCUUGUGACAGUGGGUGGAGUUCCCGUGAUGGCUGCGGAGAAGCGAGGAGAAGCAGAAGUGGCUUUUGGCUAGACCCAGUGAAAGCCCUGAGAGAGCUCGCUGGAAGCCGCAGCCGCUUCUCACUUCUCUGUUGGGGAAGGGCAUCAAUGGGUGCACCCCCCCCCUCCUUGGAUUCCGCCGCCUGAGGUGGUGGUUUCAGUUUGUCACACAGGCGGGUGGCUGCUGACUGCAAGGAACCGAAAGCAUCUUAUUGUUGCCUUGGUGUUGUUGCCAUCAAUGGCUAUUCAGAAGCAUUCCUCUUCCAGCAAUGCAGGUAAUGUGCCCCAUGCCAGAUCUCUAGAAAAGCAGCCAGCAUCCUGAAAUAUACUCGGAGUUGAGCGUGGAUUUCAUGCCCUUUAUUCAGCUCAUAGUGGUGAGGAGGAAUGAAUGUUCCCCCAAAGUAUCUGCUUUAUAUACAUUACUUACACAAUGGGCUGUACGUGAUUGGCUAAUUCCGGGAUUCUCCUGUAGGCCAAUCAGGUUGUGGAUUCACUUCCAUCUGGAGCUGGAUUGAGUGGCUCCUGCGGACCAAUCAUACUGCUGCAUUGUUCUAGGACCAAUCAGACUGCUGCAUUCUGAAUCCUAUUGUUCUAGGACCAAUCAGGCUGCUGCAUUUUGGAUCCUAUUGUUCUAGGACCAAUCAGACUGCUGCAUUUUGGAUCCUAUUCAACUCAGUACAUAACACAUCCCAAAAUGUCUCCAGAGCUUACAGCUGAUCUCUCUCUCUCCCCCUCUCCCUCUCUCCCUCUCUCACUUACACACAUACACACACAGAGAGAGAGAGAGAGAGAGAGAGAGAGAGAGAGAGAGAGAGAGACCCAGAUUUCACCUUUCUUAGAUGGGAAAGGGGAAAUCCACCCUCCUUUUUUCCUGGCUGAAAGAUUUGAUUUAUCAGACUAUUUUAGCAUUCCACUUGACCUCUUUCUUGUCCACGCCAUGAACCUAAGACACCAUCUAUGCAAGGCUUCGCUAUCCACUUCUUCCAGCAACCCAUCCUACACGCUAGCCAGGAGGGCACAGAGGAACCUUUGAUUUUUUAAUCUGCCCCCUUUUCACCCCAAUAAAAUAGUCAAAUGUAGCACAGGCCCACAUGUGUUUACUCAGAAGUAAGUUCAUCUGAAUUAGAUCCCAUGUAGGCUGUGUAAACAUUACGCGGCUAGGUACAUGUUUCCCAAUCCAGAUCAAAACUGGUUUGAGGGGCAAAUCAAAAUGCAACCUUUCAUAAAAAACUACAGAGGAAAUACGGAUUGUGGCCAAGAUUGUGUGCACAGUGCUCCCCCAGCAAGCAGUGGGAGCACGCUGGGUGCAGAGUAAAUCAUAGAGUUGGAAGGGGCCAUGAGGCUCAUUUUGCCCAGCCCCCUGCAAUGCAGGAAUCUUUUGCCCAACGUGGGGCUCAAACCCCCAACCCUGAGAUUAGGAGUCUCAUGCUCUACCGACUCUGCUGUGAGUGUGUACACAGCUUUCCGCCCCAAGUAAGUCUGCAUAGAAUUAAAGUCGGCUGCACACACGUUGUACAUUUAAAGCACGUUGUUUCUGCCCAAAGAAUCCUGGGAACUGUAGUUUAUCCUUGACACAGCUACAAUUCCCGGCUUCCAUAACAAACUACCGUUCCCAGGAUUCUUUGGAAGAAGCUAUGCAUGGUUUGUAUGCAGCCAUAUAUGGUUUGUUCCAAUUCUUUCACCAUCCUAGCCAUUAGCUGCUCACCCACCACAAUCUUCAGCACGAGGAAAUGUCUGUGUGAAUGAAGGGGAGAGGCUGUCCCAUAUAAGUGUUCUCAUAGCACUUAAGUUUCGCCUGUGUAUGUUCUCUCUCUCAAAUAAAAGAAAAAAGCCAGUUAAUGAUUGACAGGUGACUCGACUUUCACCUCCGGAUGCCAGGCCAAAAUGCCGAUUAGUAGCUGGGGGUUGUGAGGGGACUAGAAAAGUAUCAGUAGCAGCAAACUGAAUCCUACUCUUUAGUGAAGUAGGAAACAGUUCACAGGAAAAGCAAGAAGUUAUGUAGGAAUAAAGACAUUUGAGACGAGGCUAAAGCGAAAGUUUAACAACAGUCUGCUAUGGUCUGGCAGGAUGGGAAUCCAAUGAGCUCUGGAUCUGGCCCUGAUAACGAUCUGACUGCUGUUUAUAUUGCAUCCUGACAAAUAUUUGAAAAAAGCCGGUCCUGCCCUGCCAUUCUUGUUGUGUAGGGCAUUGGUAGCACAACGUCUUUUCUCAACCUGAAAUUGUAUGUGCUCAUCCUCAAGAAGAUGAUGCUUUUGAUCUAGAUAGAUUUUAGCUCCUGUUGUAUGCAGUAGGGAAUGUGGUUACGUGAUGGGCUCUCCUUGAUGAGGUAAUCCACACCUUUUCCUACCUGCACGUUCUCCCAGGUGAAGGAAGAAGGAAGUGGUGGUUGAAGUCUUUGCAUAUGUAUCCACCCACAGUGUUAUUUGACAGGUGCGAUGGAUACACACACAAGCACAUUUGUGUUUUCCUGUUUUCAAACAGACACACACUGAGGCAAUGCAGAAUCUGUCUGCAACGGGCGUCUAUUUGAUGAAUGAAACCAGUUUCUCAAGAAGUGCUUUUCAGGGGCAAAAAAUAAAAAAUGCAGUUUAUUUAGAUAGCAUGUGGACAAUUUAGCAAGUCUCCAUUGCUUCUAGAACAAAAGGUCAUGUGUCAAAAGUACAAAGUUUUCAGCACUUGCUUAAACUUCUUGUUUUGUUUAUUCAGGCAUUCCCUGAAAUGCAGCCCAACCACAUAACUACUGGAUAGAUAAUCUGAAUUAACUUAUUCUGAUUUGCAUGUUAUGGCAUUUUGUGAUAUUAUGCUGCAUACCGCUUUGGCAUUCUUUAUGAUGGGCGGUAUAGACAUCUGUAAUAAUUAUAAGUACUGUAGACGACCUGUCAGCCAAUGCAAAGCAAGACAAUGAAACAAGGACUGACUCUAGACAUAUAUAUAUAUAUAUAUAUAUAUAUAUAUAUAUAUCUCACUGUGAAAGUGCUUUUUAAAAAGUGUUAAAACAUUUAUUGAAUUUGCCAUUAGCCCACCAUUGCCAUCUAGUGUCACGUUUGUAUGAUGCACUUGGAAAGCACUUAAAAUGUUAUAUUUGCAGCUGUAUAGCUGAGUCCAAAAUAUUGCUGCUACCUUUGUCUGCCAAUCAUUUCUGUGCCUUUCCACAAGACCAGAAACUUGGGAGGCAGCAGCUGUCUCGAGUCUUGCUGAGCAUUUGGGUAGAAUAUGGGCUGCGUGGUUUUUCUUAAUAUCUGUAAGGUAGAGCUGGGGACUCCAGUUCCCAUCAACCCUAGCAAGCAUGGGGACGGGGAAUUAUAAGCCACAAAAUCUGGAAGGCCAAAGGUUCAUACCUGUGUCAACUGCCCCGGAAAAACCAAACACCUUGUUUUUUCCUGAUUCAGGUAGGUAGCCGUGUUGGUCUGUUGUAGUCAUAAUAAAUAACAAGAUGAAAGAUAUUAUAUAUAUGAUCCAAAAAGAACUCCCUUAAGAGAAUCUAGUCUUUUUGUCUUAUGACAGUCUUUAAAAGAAUCUUUCAAAAAAAGUUUUUAAAAAUAAUUCCAGUAGCACCUUAAAGACCAACUAAGUAUAAGCUUUCUAGGUAUGAGCUUUCGUGUGUAUACACACUUCUGCAGAUACUAGUUUUUUCCUGGAAGUGUAUGAUGGCCAUGUUGGGUGUCAUGCUCUUGUGCAAUUUCGGGCCAAGACCUUGCCCCCCCAAAAGCAUUUUUUCGGGUCUGUGAUCUCACAUGGUGCCCCGGAACAUGUGUUUUUGGGCACUUUGCCCCCCAAAGUACUUUUUCUGGGUUUACAAUCUCACACGGGAUUGCAGACCUCGAAUAGGGUUUCCCAGUUUGGGGUCAUGUUGUGUUGGGGUGUGUGUGAAGUUUCCCUAUCCCUAUCAGAAACAAAGUAAGUUAUGCUUGGAAUUACUGGAUUGUAUUUAAUGUUGGUCCUACUCAGGGUAGACCCACUGAAAAUAAAGGAGAUGACUAAAGGAGGUUCACCAAUUCAUUUAAAAGCACUCUUUUACCACUUUAAAGGCUGUGGCUUCCCUCUGGGAAGAAUUCUGGGAACAGAAGUUAAAGCUGUUGAACGUUGUUAGGAAAUUCCCUCUCAGAAAUGCCCAACACCCUUAGCAAACUUUCUUCCCAUGACUGUUAAAGUGUUAGAAGAGUGCUUUACAGUGGCACCUUGGCUUAAGAACUUAAUUUGUUCUGGAGGUCCGUUCUUAACAUGAAACUGUUCUUAACCUGAGGUACCACUUUAGCUAACAGGGCCUUCCGCUGCUGCCACCGUGCAAUUUCUGUUCUCAUCCUGAAGCAAAGUUCUUAGCCCGAGGUACUAUUUCUGGGUUAGCUGAGUCUGUAACCUGAAGCAUCUGUAACCUGAAGCGUCUGUAACCUGAGGUACCACUGUAUAUGUAUAUCAUGAAUGAGAGCUGUAAUUUAGUUCAAUACAGCCUACUUUAUUUAAAAAGCAUCCUUGACUAAGGCAAUGAAUUACUGUAUUUUUCGCUCUAUAAGACGCACCAGACCACAAGACGCACCUAGUUUUUGGAGGAGGAAAACAAGAAAAAAAAUAUACUGAAUCCCAGAAGCCAGAACAGCAAGAGGGAUCACUGUGCAGCGAAAGCAUACACAUUUCCCCUUACUUUUUAGGAGGGGAAAAGUGAAUCUUAUAGAGCAAAAAAUACGGUAAUCACCUCAGGCAUCUGUAGUUAAUUGGCUAGGAUGCUAACUGGACAGUAACAGCCUGCAUUUCUGUCUGCAAAAUGUUGGGACAGGCUGCCUGCCUGCACCCCCCCAUCCAAUGCCAACCCAAUUUCUCCCCCCUUCUUUUCUUCAGUCCUGUGUACUGGCAAGCGGGCCCCACCAUGCUGACCCGCCUUGAACUUCUCCAGAAGAAUAGCUCCCAGAGCCUGGACAAGGCCACCGGUGGCGGGAUCCUGCGUCUCUCCUUCCAGAACGAAUCGCAUGGGGCUUAUUACCAGUGUUAUGUCAACGGACACCUGGUGGGCAAGUUCAUCGUCGCCUCUUCUGGAGUCGUGCCAGUCUCUGGGGAGCAUGGCCACACCUACUCCAUCAUCGAGGCACUGAUUGUUGGGCUCUCCAUGUUCCUUGUUUUCCUGAUGUUCCUCAGCAUCAUCCAGUCCUGCCGCAGGAAACCCGGAACCACCAUGGUCUAACUGGGAUGCAGACAGCCUCUUGGACAUCCCAGAAAAGCAGGGCAUGGAUUGCUGACUAAUAAAAAAUAUUGACUAGCAAUACGUUCG